AUAGUGAUGAGACGCGGAAUUGUUGUCUUCAUACCGUGGUAUUAAACAAGGGUCGGUUCAUAUACAUUUGUACACGAUUCUGAACAUAUGGGGCUGAAUCAGAGGCUGUUAUUUGGUCAAGUUUGAAUCAGAUCACGACGCAGGUAUCAGUAUAUAAUGAUGUUUCUAAGAUGUCUUGGUCAGUUCAGAUCUGGAAGGGAAACGUACAAACCUCUGAAGACUUCAAUCAUCAGAUACAUCAAAGGAAGAAACACUCGCUGCAUAUUAUUUGAAUUAACCUAAAAACGUCAAUAUGCGAAUUGCCGUAAUCAUACUGAUUGCGACUUGCAUCGCAGCCACACAAGCAUGUAAUCGUGGCCGACAUGACAACAAUAAGCCAGAGCCCAACAAACCCGAUAGCACAGAUGAGAACACACCAGAACGUCCAAGUGGGGAAAACCGACCAGACCGUCCACGCGGUGACUCGCUGAAUUCUAGAACACCAGACACUGAAGUAGGAGACGACGACCGUAUUAAGUAUGGUUUAGUCGGACGUCCCCAUCCCAGAUUUCCACCAAAACAUCGCCAUGGCAACCACACCGAUGGGCCACACCAUAAUGGUACAAGACCACAUCAUAACGAAACAUCACACGAGCAUCCCCAUAAACCUCAUCAUAACCACAGCGAUAGUGGUUCCAGCUCACACGAGGGUCGGCGCCCACAUCAUCCACGUCGCCGUGGGCCUAAACGUCAUAGUAGCGAAUCUCAAAGCAGUGAAUCCCAAGAAGAUGAUGUUGAAUCUAGUGGAACUGACAUUGAAAAACCAGAAAUUGAACCAGAAGUACCAAUCGAUGGCGACAACCCUGAAAAGCCCAUCGAGGGUGGUUCUGGUGAUGGUGAGGAGCAGGGUUUCUUGCCAUAGACAUAGAUAAUUGUAUUAUUAGAGAAAUUAGACUGUUGGACAAUUAUCUUUGAAUACUUGAUUGCUGGACAAUCAAACAAACAUUAGAAAGACAUUUGCUCAACUAGUCCAGAUGUUAUUUAAUUUUUAAUGUAAACCCAGUAUUUAUAAUUGGUGUCGUUCAGACAGGGUCUCGCUGACUAGGUGCCAUGAAAAUGCAAUAAAUAUGUUAUAUGAUAUAUACUUUUUGAGUUAUAUAAUUGUUUGAUCUUAA